UGAUCUUAUCUCGGCCUUUAAAACUAGGGUUUUGAGAGGUUGGAAGGAUUUCUGGCAAUUGUGGAAAGGCGCCUCCCUCCAGCAACGGAGUUCCGGCAGGUGAGUAGUCAUGGUUAAGCAUAACAAUGUUGUGCCAAAUGGGCACUUCAAGAAGCACUGGCAGAACUUUGUGAAGACGUGGUUUAAUCAGCCUGCACGCAAGACCAGGAGACGCAUUGCAAGACAGAAGAAAGCUGUGAAGAUCUUCCCACGGCCCACUGCUGGACCACUUCGCCCUAUUGUUCAAUGUCAGACUCUGAAGUACAAUAUGAAACCUAGGGCUGGUAGAGGUUUUAGUCUUGAAGAGCUCAAGGCAGCGGGAAUACCAAAAAAACUUGCACCAACUAUUGGCAUUGCAGUUGAUCACCGCCGGAAGAACCGCUCACUGGAGGGUCUCCAAUCCAAUGUCCAGAGGCUGAAGACUUACAAGGCAAAACUUGUGAUCUUCCCAAGACGGGCACGCAAGUUCAAGUCUGGAGAUUCUGCUCCAGAGGAACUUGCUACUGCUACUCAGGUGCAAGGCACAUACAUGCCUAUUGUUCGUGAGCAGCCUUCCGUGGAGCUUGUGAAGGUGACCGAUGAGAUGAAGUCAUUCAGUGCCUAUGGUAAGCUUCGUGUUGAACGAAUGAACCAACGACAAGUGGGUGCCAGGUUGAAGAAGGCUGCUGAAGCAGAGAAGGAUGAGAAGAAAUAACUUGUUCUUAGAUUGUCAUCCUGCAUGGUUUCUACCUUUUUCAAUUUUCUCAAUGUUUUUAGCAAUUGAUCGGUUUUGUUGUAAUUCAAGACUUGCAAAGCGACAAAGACUGUUUUGUGCUACUGGAUCAUUCGAGUUUGUAUUUUGGCUGCAAUUUAUAUUUGAUUAUCUGAACCAAUGGAUCAUUCUUAUGCCAAACUCUUAAUUUA